AUGUUGGUGGGCCUGUCGUACACCAUCUGUUUAGCCUCCCAGUGGAUUUAUGGUUGGCCUAACAAGCCUGGGUAUAAGAAGUACAUAGAAGCUCUUAAUCCAAGGCGAAUAUAUCGUCUCAGCUUUGUUACGCUGGAUUUUCUCAAAUACCUGCGGUAUGCCAGACUUUACUUUCAACUGAAGUCAUGGUAUAAUGAUGAGAGGAACCUUAAGUAUUACAAAAAGGGCAUCACAUUUGGCCGCAGAGGCAACAAGCUGGACUUGUACCACCCUCCAAAUGUAGACAAGUUAGAAGAUAUGCCAUCACUAGUUGUAAUAUUUAUCUAUGGAGGUGCUUGGAGCUCAGGAGAAAGGUCCACUUACUGUUUACUGAGCAGGCAGAUGGCUGAAGAACUGAAAGCAACUGUAAUUUGUCCUGAUUACUGCACAUAUCCAAAGGCGAAUGUUUUAGGGAUGGUCCAAGAUAUCGCUGACUGCUUGAUUUGGGUCCACGAGAAUGGAGAGAAAUUCAACUUUGACAGAGACAACAUUGUAUUAAUUGGCCAUUCAGCAGGUGCACAUUUGUGUACACUCACCACACUGUUUCUUGUUGAUACAAGAGAGGAGCUUUCCAUAGAGCCAGACAAGCAACAGGAAGUCUUGCUGUUAAUAAGAGGAAUUAUUGGUCUGAGUGGCAUCUACAACACUGUGGAGCAUUAUGAACAUGAACAGAAACGAGGAAUUGAAUACCUCUCUGACAUGCACAGAGCAAUGAAUGGUGUGGAAAACCUUCCAUUCUACUCGCCAACACACUUACUAAAGAAGCUCAGCCAGGACAAAGUCAGCAGAUUGCCUCCAUUCGCUUUGCUCCAUGGGACCAAUGACAUUGUGGUUCCUGCUGAGUCUACCAUGAGAUUCUCAGAGCUUCUCACUUCACGCUCUGUUAAGGUGUCAUUGAAUCUGCUUCCCAGAGUGAGCCACACUGAUAUCCCUGUUGAUCUCAUGGUGUCAAACAGACACCUCUACCAUCCGAUCUACAGAUACAUCAAAGAAGAGUUCAGAAAACUUCUGGUUUCAGCUGGUUUGGGAAUAUCAGCUGACCUCAGCAGCUGGCUAGAUUAA